CGGGAAUCGAAACCACUCGACGUAUGAAUUGUUACCGCCCUUCCUCCGUGUAAUCCAUAUUUACUACGCUAUUUACCGGCAAAACAAUACUCUUGGCAAAUCUUAAAGUGCAUCAACGACGCUUUAAGGAUACAACUUCAACGACUUGGGAAAUCAAAUAGUGCAUCGUGACUUGCGCGGAACUUUUAUUGACAUAUUGGAAGUUUAUGUUCCAGGUGUAAUAUUGAGUUAACUGAGGAAUUCCAUUUAAUAUGGGGACGGAUGAGGAGUGAGAUGGUGACGUGAAACAAGGAGGAUGCGUUGGGCGACGUUGUGGUCAAUCCUGGCGGUGCUGGCGGCGCGCAGCCUCGCUCAGUUCGCCACGCCCACCGCCUGCGAAGACGAGUCUUGCCGAUGUGAUGCCUUUACUAGAGUUAUAUGCAACUGUACCAGGGACUACGAUGAGGUAACGUUGCGACCGGACGGAGCCUACAGGGUCCCGUCUACGACGACUGGAAUUGUCAUCGAUGGAUGUGCCCGCGUUUACUUCCUACCGGACAUGGCCCGUAAUCUCAUCCAGCUUCGAAACAUUGAGCUUCGAAACGUGCGUCAUGUGUACAUUCACGACAGAGCGUUAGCGUGGUCGCCAUUUUCAAGUGAAAGUGAUAUGAACCCCGGAAUCCGGAUUUUUAUACAUAACAGUACCAUUAACGAAAUAUCGUCGCAUGCCAUACAAGGAAGAGUGAAUGAUAUAAUAAUUAGUAAGAGUAAAAUAAAUGUGAUCAAACCGUACGCGUUUUCUAGUCUUACUGGAGUGAAAAGUAUUCAAUUAUUAGAUAACUUAUACGAAAAUAUUGAAACUCAAGCUUUCAAAAAAUUCACUACAGUCAAUUUCCUACUUCGUGGAGGCUCUAUUGGAACCUUACCAAGCAGGUUUAUGUCGGACGUAGAAGUGACCGAUCUUUUUAGAAUAGACGGCGUUAGCAUAAGAUAUGUUUAUAGUUUAACAUUUAUUGUAAAUUCACCAAAGAAAGUCAUUAUAGAAAAUAAUGUUAUUGAUACUUUAGAAGGAGAUGGUUUUCAUAUGAAUACCAAGGGACCCAUUACUUUUAGAAAUAAUAGCGUAAGAACCCUUCGUAAGGGCGCUUUUUUUGGGUUCACCGCUGACAUAGACAUCGUUUCAGUUAUGGGUCUACAAGAAUUGCUUAUUGAUAAUAAUACGUUUACCGAGCUGACGCCGUCUUCGCUGACGUACAACCAGACAUCUCUGACCUUGCGUAUCGAUGGCCUCAACUUGAAUACAACCUGUAGUUGUGAAUUACAAACAGAAUGGGGUCCCGUCCUGCGGGAACAAGGAGGUACGCUAUCCUGCUGGUAUUCCCUGGAAGAACAUUUUGCGUCGAUACCGACUUACGUAAACAGUCGAUGUGGAACUUAUAAGCAAAUAUACUGGAUAUUUAUACUCGUGGGAGUUAUUUUAAUUGUACUUCUCGCGGCGAUAAUUACCGUUUGUGUAGUGAAAAAGGAAAAUGAGAAAAAGAAGAAAAUGCAAAUGGUAAUGCCAGAUGGAAAAACAUAUCGAGAAACAGAGUUCCAUAUAGUAGUCGAACGAGCCGAGCUUCUCACCACCGACUUGUGAACCGGAGCAUGUAUUGAGGUCAAUUGAUCUGCCGCUAGGUCCUCUAGUGAGUCUGUGAUAAAUGAUAAGUGGACAUUUCAACAAAUAAUUGGCAUAAAUUACAUAUUCUGGCGACAUUUAUUUAUUUACUAAUUUAGCAUGUUAUCGCUCUACCUCAAAACGUAAGGUAAACAUUGUGCCAAUUUAGGAUAUAUAGCAAUAGUUAUAACUAUUAUCCAACGAAUUACAUUAUAUUUUGUUGUAUAGAAA